AUGUACAAGUCAAAGCGAGAUAUUGGUUCGGCAAGUGACACAAGCCACUUCAAUGCGAAUCGUCGCAUAAGUAUGCCUUUGCUCCGAACUUCAAUAAGUGGUGUCAACCAACAAGAGCUAAAGGAGAAAGAUCUAAUCAAGAAUCUACCCGGACAACCUCCCGUUAGCUUCAAACAAUACGGUGGUUAUGUGGCUAUAAACGAAUCAGCCGGUCCAUUUUUCUACUAUUAUUUUGUGGAAGCCAUAAGAGCUAAUAACUCUUCUCCUCUUGUCGUUUGGUUCAACGGAGGACCUAGCUGUUCUUCUUUACAAGGAGCAUUUCUAGAGCAUGGACCAUUCCGCGUACACAGCGACGGAAAAACGUUAUAUCGCAAUCCUUAUUCAUGGAAUGAUGAGACAAACGUGUUGUACAUAGAAUCUCCCGCAGGAGUAGGAUUUUCGUACAUGAAUAAUUCAUCAGCUUUGGAGAAUAUAGGAGACAAGAAAACAGCAGAAAAUAACUACAUGUUUUUAGUGAAAUGGCUUGAACGGUUUUCAGAAUAUAAAGGAAGAGAUGUUUAUAUUGCGGGCCAGAGUUACGCCGGCCAUUAUUGUCCUCAACUAGCCCAGUUGAUUCUUCACAAUAAAAACCAAACAUUGAUCAACCUACGAGGCGUUUUGAUUGGUAAUCCAGGACUUGACAGUAAUGACGAGAUAUAUGGCGAGUACGAAUAUUUGUUCAAUCAUGCCUUGAUCUCUCCAAAACAGUGGGACAACUAUAACAAGUUAUGCAUAAAUGGAGAGGAUAGUGGGGGCACCGAGUGCUUUAAGUCUCAAUGGAGCAUCACUGAGCAAACAAGCCACAUAAACCUUUAUAACAUAUACGCUCCCAUUUGUCUAAACUCCACAUUAACAAGUAAACCCAAGGAAUACACCACAGUAAAGAAUUUUGAUCCGUGCAGUCCUGAGUACUUGACAGCUUAUCUCAACCUAGCAAAUGUUCAGAAAGCUAUGCAUGCAAACACUACGAAACUACCAUACGCAUGGACGAAAUGCAACUAUGAACAAAACGAUUUAUGGAGCAACAAUGAUAGAGAUGCCUCAAUGAUUCCUAUCCUCGAAGAAUUGACAGGUAGCGGUGUGCGUGUCUGGGUGUACAGUGGAGACAUGGACGCAGCGGUUCCGCAUACAUCUACAAUGCACGUCCUACGAAAGAUGAAUCUAACAAUUGAGAAGAUAUGGCGUCCAUGGUUUAGCGAAGGAGAGGUAGGAGGAUACACAGAAGAAUAUAAAAACAAGUUUACGUAUGCAACUGUGAGAGGAGCAGGUCACAUGGUGCCUAGUGACCAACCCAUACGUGCCCUUACUCUAUUUACUAGCUUUAUCCGUAAUAUGCCUCUUCCUGGUACCCUAUAA